AUGCCGAGCAACGAGUUCGACGACGUACUCACCAACCAGCCCGUCGUCAUCGACAAUGGCUCGGGGACGAUAAAGGCCGGCUUUGCGGGGCAGGACACGCCCAAGUCCUUCUUCCCCAGCUUCGUCGGCCGGCCAAAGCACCAGCGCGUCAUGGCUGGAGCUAUCGAAGGCGACAUCUUCAUCGGCAGGAAGGCACAGGAGCUGCGCGGCCUGCUCAAGAUCCGUUACCCAAUGGAGCACGGCAUCGUGACAAACUGGGAAGACAUGGAGAGGAUUUGGAACCACGUCUACAGCGACGAGCUGCAGACCUUGAGCGAAGAGCACCCCGUGCUGCUCACAGAGGCUCCAUUGAACCCAAGGGAGAACAGGGACAUCGCAGCGCAAAUCUUCUUUGAGACGUUCAAUGUGCCAGCUCUCUUCACGAGCAUCCAGGCCGUACUCAGUCUCUACUCGUCGGGUCGGACGACGGGCAUCGUACUGGACUCAGGAGAUGGUGUCACGCAUGCUGUGCCAGUGUACGAGGGCUUCUCGAUGCCCAACGCCAUCCAGAGAAUAGACGUGGCGGGCCGCGACGUGACCGAGGCGCUGCAGACGCAACUACGAAAGUCGGGCUAUCUCCUCCAGACGUCGGGCGAAAAGGAGAUCGUGCGCAUGAUCAAGGAAAAGUGCUGCUACGUCGCCGCUCACCCGGCGAGGGAGGAAAAGGACCUCAAGGAGUACGACGAGUUCAAGCUGCCGGACGGCAAUGUCGUCAAGCUCGGCGCGGAACGCUUCCGGGCGCCCGAGAUCCUCUUCAAUCCCGAGUUGGUGGGCUACGAGUACCCAGGAGUGCACCAGGUAAUCACGGACGCCAUCAACCGGGUCGAUCUGGACCUCCGCCGCGACCUGUACGCCAACGUGGUACUGAGCGGCGGCACGACGCUGACGAAGGGCUUCGGCGACCGCUUGCUGGUCGAGGUCAAGAAGCUCUCGGUGGGCCAGAUGAAGGUCAAGAUCUUUGCGCCGCCCGAGCGCAAGUACUCGACCUGGAUUGGCGGGUCGAUUCUCGCCAGCCUGAGCACGUUCAAGAAGAUGUGGGUCUCGGCCGAGGAGUACAACGAAGACCCGGACUGCAUCCACAAAAAGACCUUCUGA